AUGAGGGGCGGAACGGUUCAGAUUAACUGGCACGAGACGAAGCCGGUGCUCGCCUGCGAUUUCCAUCCGCUCUCCGGCCUCGUGGCUACCGCCGGCGCCGACUUCGACAUUAAGCUUUGGGCAACAGUUUCUGGCAUUGAUGAGAAGAAGUCUCCUGGAGUCACUUAUCACAACAGUCUUUCGUACCAUAGUUCUGCUGUUAACGCAAUUCGCUUCUCUCCUUCCGGAGAGCAGCUCGCCUCUGGUGCUGAUGGUGGCGAACUGAUUAUAUGGAAAUCACAUGUUACUGAAGCUGGUGAAGUGUGGAAAGUCCUCAAGUCAUUGGUGUUUCAUCGUAAGGAUGUAUUAGACCUGCAGUGGUCUCCUGAUGGGGCAUAUCUGAUUUCUGGUUCGGUUGAUAAUUCAUGCAUCAUCUGGGAUGCUAAUAAAGGUUCUGUGCACCAAAUACUAGAUGCUCAUUUUCAUUACGUUCAAGGUGUAGCGUGGGACCCAUUAGGGAAAUACGCAGCAUCCUUCAGUUCAGAUAGGACCUGUCGGAUUUAUAUAAAUAAGCCAGUAAAAAUAAAAGGCGUUGAGAAAGCAAGUUAUGUCUGCCAACAUGUCAUCUCAAAGGCAGAGUCUCAGACAACAGAUGAGCUCAAGUCUGCUAAAAGCCACCUUUUUCAUGAUGAGACUCUGCCAUCUUUUUUUCGAAGAUUAGCCUGGUCGGCAGACGGGUCGUUUUUACUUGUACCUGCAGGUUCUCACAAAAGCACACCUACUUCGGAACUAGUAAAUACAGCUUAUGUUUUUUCACGGAAGGAUCUCUCCAGGCCCGCACUUAUGCUUCCUGGUGCCAGCAAACCUGUUGUAGCUGUACGCUUUUGCCCCAUGGCGUUUAAAUUGCAUGGAACAAACUCGUCUUCAUUUUUCAAGCUCCCCUAUCGCUAUAUUUUUGCUGUGGCCACUUUGAAUUCAUUAUAUAUCUUCGACACUGAAAGCAUUCAGCCGAUAGUAAUUGUAGCCGGAGUUCAUUAUGCUGCCAUAACAGACAUCGCAUGGUCACCUGCUGGUAAUUAUUUGGCAUUGUCCUCUCAAGAUGGUUACUGCACGUUACUUGAAUUUGAAAAUCAAGAACUCGGCUCACCUAUUUCAUUACCAGGAGCAAAUAAUGUCAAUGGUGAUGCAAAUGUGAGACCCAUUCCGGAAGCUAUCAAAGUCAGUAGUCAAGGUGCUUCCAUAGACUGUAGAAACGAAAUGGCCGAGAAUUUUAGUAAGGCUAAGGAUGAAAGUAAGGAGGAAACUCGUGGUAGAAACGAGAUGGCCGAGAAUUUUAGUAAGGCUAAGGAUGAAAGUAAGGACGAAAGUCGUGCUUCACCAAGCACAGAAGUUCCUGCAGGUAAGGCCACCAAGAAGCGCAUUACUCCCAUGGCCAUUGAUUGA